GGAAAAAUGGAAAGGAAAAAACUCUUUACCAUGUUCAGUAUUUCGGGAAGGCAGCAAUGAGAGGAUGGACUGUUGCACGAAGAAUGUUUCCAUUUGAAGGUAAAGAGAAAUUUUACGCUGUGGAAGAGAGUGCACUUGAUAAAGUAAAGAAAAAAACUGUAAUGUACAAAAAGAUUGAAAAGCUGUUCCGGGUAUCGGCUGGAGUAAAACAGCUUUGGAAUGAAGCUAUUGAGGAAGCUCUAAAGGCUUUUGCAAUCAAAGAUAUAAAUGACAGGCUUGAAGCUAAUGUAUUCAAUUAUUAUGUGCCUAGUGGCGCUCUGAAGAGAGCUAAAGAACUUAAUGCAGAUGUCAAUGAUAAUGAAAGACAAGUGAAAAGAUGUCUGACGAAUGAGAAUUCAGAUGAUCCUUAUUGCAGAAUAUGUAAAAGAGAUGAACCAGAUUUCGCUUGUACAGGAUCAUGUAACAAAGCUUUUCAUAAAGAUUGCCUAGGUCUACUCUGUGUACCUCAAGGAUUCAAGUGUCCCGAUUGUGAUUUAGAUGAACAUUCAUGUUUUGUAUGCAAAAGUCCUGAUGGUGAUUUUAUGAAAUGUUCCCUAUCUAAGUGUGGCAGAUCUUACCAUGAAAAAUGUUUAAGCAGAUAUGACUGUGGUAAUAAAGAGAAGAAUAUAUGUCCACGCCAUACAUGCCUCACUUGUUACAAUGAAAAUCCGAAGAAUGUAAUGGCUAGAAAAGGUUUGUUUUCAUUUAAUCCUCAUAGCCAAUAG